AUGGACGGCUCCCAGUACCACUCUAAUGUCAUAGGCACAUCAGCACCUAGCUAUCAUCCGUCGCCAGCAGCAAUCUCGCCUCACCAACUCCAGAACGGUCACCUUCCGCCGCACACGCUCCCCCCUCUGCAACCUCACAAUCCAGCCAUGCAGUCCGUGUACAACAGCCACCCGCACACGCCGCGCACCCCAGGCACCUCAAACCCCCCUACGCCUACCAACAUGAGCAACUACCCUCCCCCGCCUCAGAACAACCAACGCGGUGGUUAUCAGCAAAUGAUGCCGAACCCAUACCCUCACCAGGGCUAUGCUACUUCGGCGUCCAUGAUGCCCCAGUCCUCGGUAGCAGCAUCGCACCCGCAACCCAUUGCCCCUGCACCCGCGAGUCGACCUCCGGUGCUUCGGCCCAUGCCUGCUGGCGGUGUCAUGCCCCAGUCCGGCUUGUCCUCGCCGUAUGGCCAGAGCCCGCUCAUGCCUCACCAGCCGUCUAUUCUGCAAGAGACUGAGCAGCCUACCCAUGUCGUCGGCUCUCAGGGACGCCGUGGCAUUUUGCCCAGCGCGCCUGGAAGACCUGCCGCCCCGACAGGGCCCGGAUCUGCCAAGAGCACCGUGAUUCCCCAGAAAGAUGCCGACGGCAAAUUCCCGUGUCCUCACUGCACCAAAACGUACCUGCACGCCAAGCACCUGAAGCGCCAUCUUCUGCGCCACACCGGUGAUCGCCCUUACAUGUGUGUUCUUUGCCGGGAUACCUUCUCUCGUAGUGAUAUUCUCAAGCGCCACUUCCAAAAGUGCUCGAUUCGACGAGGAAACCCCACCGGCGCCAGUCACUUGUCCCAUCCAUCGGCUCACGUGAAGAAGCACCAGGCAGCACAAGCCAAGGCCGCUGCAGAGGGUGAGCUUAACCAAAUGAACGGUAUCAACAACAUGCAAGGUGAUGGUGUCGUUCAUCCUUUCGGCAUGGUCCCCAUGGCCGACGGAUUGACAAACAUGAGCAACGAGCAGAGCCAGCUGUCAAGAUCCAGCAGCAUUAGUCGCAUGGACGACAACCGUGACAGACGCAGCAUGACUGGCGGUGGAUCCGUCUAUGGUGGCGGCGACGUCCAGAACUCCAUGGCCUCCAACAUUAACCCUCAGUUGGCCAACUACAGCAUGCCUCAGGGCCAGAAUGGCAUGCAAAUGUUUGCAGGAUCAAACUCAAACCAACAGAACCUUGAUUGGUCCAUGUUCCAGGCUGGUGCGCAAGAUACCUACGCAAAUUCGUUUCAACCUCCUAAUCUUGGGCAGACGCAGGUCGGAACGAAAACAGAACAUCAUAAUUCAGAUGCCGAGAGAGCAGCCGCCGUGACCGAUGCAAACGACCGAUCGCUUUUCUUUUCCAAUUGGGACACAAGUUCGACGAUACAUGAUCCCUACCAACACAUUUCGACCCAAAUUCACGGCUUCUUCCACCCCCCGGGUACGGUCGUCACGUCGCAGACGGCUGGCAUCACCAACUUUUACUCGCCAGCAAAUAUCAAAGAUUUCCUCGAGCAAUAUAGCCAUUAUCAUUGCCACUUCUCUUUUCUCCAUAUUCCAACAUUCCGCAUUUUGGAAGCAUACACUGGCCUUCUCGCCAGUAUGUGCUGCAUUGGAGCCUGUUACUCGGCCCAUGUCUCGCCCAAUCAAGUUCGUGAGGUUAUGAAUUUCUUGAAGAUAGCCUUGGAGCGAGACUCAAACCUGUUCUCUGGUAACGCUAAUGGAGACAACAAAGCCACCGAUGUCGCAUCCGACAAUGAGCACAGGGCACUGGAGAAGUUACAGGCCCUCGUUCUCUUGUCUCAACUAUUGGUUUGGAAUGGCACUCCGUUCCAACGGGAGAGCGCUAGGAGACUGUUUCCGCAGGUCGCCGAUCUUUCGCGCAGAUUUGGCCUGUUGCAAGUUUCCUCGCCGCCCGGGCUCUACAGCGUUCUUCAUCAGCCGAACCUGGCGCUACAGAACAUUAGCCCAGGAAAUUUUGAUUGGAGCCUGUGGAUCCGCCAGGAGGGCCGUAUUCGACUGAUGCACAUGUUGUACUUGUCUGAUGUCGCGUACGGGCUUUACUUCAAUUUGGAUGCUCAAUUCGACAGCUCGGAGAUGCAAAUCCCGCUACCGGCUGAUGACGCGGCCUGGGAAGCUUCAAACCCCACCGAGUGUGCCGAAGCUCUUCAUCUGUAUGGAUCGGAGGUUGCAAAAGCCAGAAAUCCCGACGGAUCUCAGCGUAGCAAGCAGCCAGAACUCAGCCUCGCCAUGCGUGCCCUUCUCCACGAGUCGUAUCAGAUCCAUCCCGGAAGCACGAAUUUGUACGGAAAGUUCAUACUCAUCCAUGCUCUGCUGGCUCAAAUUCGCCGUGCGCAACUCGAGGGUGCUGUUGCCAACAUGAGUCGGUCUGCAACUCCGCUUUUGCAGAACGAUUGGAUCUUCAAGUCCGACGGCGCCGGUGGGGUGGUGAGCGCUCAGAACAGCGGACGCGCGACCCCUGUGUCUGGUCAGUCGUGCCAACUGGCCCCUCCAGUACUGAAGACUUUUGCCAUUGCUCUGGACAAAUUCAAGUCGAACUGGGAUAUGGAUAUGGCCAUACAAUUUCCUCCCUCAGUACCCAAUUCCAGGCGGUACGGAUUCUCCAGAGAUGGUAUUCAUUUCUACUAUCUCGCAAGGUGGCUGCUUCAGCAUACUGAAGCUCAGGACCUUCGUCUACCGGCAGAUCAUCGGUUUGCCCGGGUCAUACAGCUUCUCAAGAAUGUCAAAACAUGGGUAUUGGAAGAUGGUGCAAAGAGAGGUGAAGAGCUCGGUUCUGUGGGCGAAAUUGACAACGAAUUCGGCGUGGCCGAUCUGACCCUCAACAUGGCGGACUUGUUCAAACCUCUGCCUCAGGUGGUCAAAUCGCCUCAUAUGCCGUCCAUUAGGACCGAGAUCUGA